CAGACUGGCGACAGUGGGAGGAAGAAAACAUAAACCAACUGCUGUAAAGUGCUGCGGAGCCCAGGAGACGGAGACGGAGAGCGGAGCGAAGUGUGGACCGGAGACUUGUCAGCUAAACGACGGGAGGACUGUGUGUGCAUCCCCGGGAAGCGUAACCCGUGGCUGUUCGGGAUGUGAAGAUCCGUGUAGCCCACCUGGAUCAGUCCUGUAGCCCGAGCCUGAUGUAGCUGUCCACCGGCUCUGUUCGGGCAUUUCACCCUCUCUCGGCCAGUGUAAACAGCCGGAGCCGUUAACGGGAGCAGCGGACACACCGGCGGAGUAGUUUACUAUUAUCUGUGUGCGGUUUGCUUUUUCAAACGGGAGCACGAUACCGGGAAGCGGUGGGAGAGGCGGGGCCGAACCGGUGGACUCCCAAACUGGAUUAUUGAGCUCUGCCUGUGCCGAUUCACCCACAGCGACGCAGCGUUUUUUUGGGGGGGACGGGGGGUCGACGAAAGGAGGCAACAACUGGGAAUUAGAAACCUUUCUUUGGAACUCUUUACCGACCACCCUGCAGCGGACGGUACGAGCGGCGUGCUGUCCGGUAUUUCUGCCAGGCGGUCAGCUGCUUGUGGCCUCCGUUUUCGACCAUUUCGGGAGCAUAUAAUCCGGUCUGGGACGCAUAUUUUGGGGAUAAUUCUUCCCCAGCCGGGGUCGGACUAUGGCGGACGACGACAUUCUCUUUGAAGAUGUGUACGAGCUCUGCGAGGUCAUUGGCAAGGGUCCCUUCAGCGUGGUGAGGAGAUGCAUCAACAGAGAGACGGGGCAGCAGUUUGCUGUCAAAAUCGUGGAUGUGGCCCAGUUCACCUCCAGUCCAGGACUCAGCACAGAGGAUCUGAAGAGGGAGGCCAGCAUCUGCCACAUGCUGAAACACCCCCACAUUGUGGAGCUGCUGGAGACGUACAGCUCAGAUGGGAUGCUCUACAUGGUGUUUGAAUUUAUGGAUGGAGCAGACCUGUGUUUUGAGAUUGUGAAGAGGGCAGAUGCUGGCUUUGUCUACAGCGAAGCAGUCGCCAGUCACUACAUGAGACAGAUUCUCGAGGCGCUACGAUACUGCCACGACAACAACGUCAUCCACCGAGACGUCAAGCCUCACUGUGUCCUGCUGGCGUCCAAGGAGAACUCGGCUCCGGUAAAGUUGGGGGGCUUUGGAGUGGCCAUCCAGCUCGGAGAGUCGGGACUGGUGGCAGGAGGUCGGGUUGGCACUCCCCACUUUAUGGCCCCUGAGGUGGUGAAGAGAGAGCCCUAUGGUAAGCCGGUGGACGUGUGGGGCUGUGGAGUCAUCCUCUUCAUCCUCCUCUCAGGGUGUUUGCCUUUCUACGGCACCAAGGAGCGUCUGUUUGAGGCCAUUUGCAAGGGCAAAUACAAGAUGAAUCCGCGGCAGUGGAGCCACAUCUCUGAGAGCGCUAAGGAUCUGGUGAGACGCAUGCUGAUGCUGGACCCUGCCGAGAGGAUCACCGUCUACGAGGCUCUCAACCACCCCUGGCUCAAGGAGAGGGACCGAUAUGCCUACAAAAUCCACCUGCCAGAGACUGUGGAACAGCUGAGAAAGUUCAACGCCAGGAGGAAGCUCAAGGGGGCUGUGCUGGCUGCAGUGUCCAGUCACAAGUUUAACUCCUUCUACGGAGACCCUCCCGAGGAGCUCCAUGACUUCUCCAGUGACCCCACCUCCUCAGGAGCUGUGUCUCAGGUGUUGGACAGUUUAGAGGAGAUCCAUGCUUUGACAGACUGCAGUGAAAAGGAUCUAGAUUUCCUCCACAGUGUUUUCCAGGACCAGCAUCUACACACUCUGCUCGAUUUGUAUGAUAAGAUCAACACCAAGUCGUCUCCACAGAUCAGAAACCCCCCGAGCGAUGCCGUGCAGAGAGCCAAAGAGAGUUCCUCCCAAGAUGAAGCAAGUGGCGCUUUGAAACAUCUGGAAGAUGUACUGGAAGAGAUCUCGUGCUACCCAGAGAACCACGAAGCUAAAGAACUCAGACGGAUACUGACCCAGCCUCAUUUCAUGGCCUUGCUGCAGGCCCACGACGUGGUGGCCCACGAGGUUUACAGUGACGAGGCUCUGAGGGUGACCCCUCCGCCCACCUCGCCCUACCUGAACGGAGACUCCCCAGAGAGCGCCAACGGAGACAUGGACCUGGAGAACGUCACCAGAGUCCGUCUGGUCCAGUUCCAGAAGAACACGGACGAGCCAAUGGGUAUCACGCUGAAGAUGAACGACUCAAACCACUGCAUCGUUGCACGGAUAAUGCACGGGGGAAUGAUCCAUAGACAAGGAACGCUGCAUGUAGGAGAUGAGAUCAGGGAGAUCAACGGUAUCAGUGUGGCUAACCAGACUGUGGAGCAGCUGCAGAAGAUGCUGAGGGAGAUGCGAGGAAGCAUCACCUUCAAAAUAGUGCCAAGUUACCGGACGCAGGGCUCAUCAUGUGAGAAAGAGUCCCCCACCACCUCCAGGCAGUCCCCUGCCAAUGGCCACUCCAGCAUUAACAGUUCCAUCUUGGACCUGCCCUCCACCAUUCAGCCCAAGGGUCGACAGAUUGUAUCCAGACCUCCAAUCAAGGACAAAAUGUCUGUUAAGAUCUACGUGAGGGCCCAGUUUGAAUACGACCCCUCCAAAGACGAACUCAUCCCCUGCAAGGAGGCUGGCAUUCGCUUCCGGGUGGGCGACAUCAUCCAGAUCAUCUCCAAGGACGACCACAACUGGUGGCAGGGCAAGCUGGAGAACACGAAAAAUGGCACGGCAGGCCUCAUCCCAUCCCCAGAGCUGCAGGAGUGGCGAGUGGCGUGUAUAGCCAUGGAGAAGACCAAGCAGGAGCAGCAGGCCAGCUGUACCUGGUUUGGCAAGAAGAAGAAACAGUACAAAGACAAGUAUUUGGCGAAGCACAACGCAGUGUUCGAUCAACUAGAUCUUGUCACAUAUGAGGAGGUUGUGAAGCUUCCUGCUUUCAAGAGGAAAACACUAGUUUUGUUAGGUGCUCAUGGCGUGGGCAGAAGACACAUCAAGAACACACUCAUAACCAAACACCCCGACAGAUUCGCCUACCCCAUCCCACACACAACCAGACCUCCGAAGAAGGACGAGGAGAACGGGAAGAACUACUACUUUGUUUCCCACGAUCAGAUGAUGCAGGACAUCAGCAACAACGAGUACCUGGAGUACGGCAGCCACGAGGACGCCAUGUACGGGACACGGCUGGAGACCAUACGGAAGAUCCACCAGCAGGGACUUGUAGCUAUACUGGAUGUGGAACCUCAGGCCCUGAAGGUCCUGCGGACAGCGGAGUUCGCCCCGUACGUCGUCUUUAUUGCUGCACCAACCAUCACACCAGGCAUCAACGAGGACGAGUCUCUUCAGCGGCUGCAGAAGGAGUCGGAGAUCCUGCAGAAGACCUACGCCCACUACUUCGACCAGACCAUCAUCAACAAUGAGAUCGAUGAGACCAUCAGGCACUUGGAGGAGGCCAUCGAUCUGGUGUGCACCACCAGCCAGUGGGUUCCUGUGUCCUGGGUCUACUGACCUGCAACCCACCUCCUCCCUUACUCUCUCUGCUCCUCCAUCUCCCCUCCCAGCAGCAACACCUCGGCCAAACUCCCAUCAUUCCCUCGUCAAAAUAAGAAUAAAGACAAAAGCCGAUGGGAAACCUCUCUCCACACUGCACUCGAUGGAAAACACCCUCAGCGUACUGUGAAAGCGACCACAGCAUUCAACCGAAACCCUCUCCAACGCCGCACAGGCUACCUGCGGCCACCAAUGAUCGGACUCUCGCCCUGACAGACGACCUAGUCAUAGUGUUGUAUAAAAACAGAGUAAACUAAAGUGAAUAUUGUCAUGUCUGUACUAGCUAGGAGGCAACAUUUUUGUAGAUGUUUGUUUUAAAGAGACAGUACUGUGUCCCGUCAUCCCACGUGCUCUCCACCACAGCCCUCCCCGUUGCAUUGUGGUCCUGUUGGGUGUCGUAAACCAUCUGCAGAGCGACGGUGUCGGUCUGUCAGCAGACUGAAGUAAAAGCACACAAACACACUGCAAUGUCUUCUCAUCCGUAGCUCGUGUCCCUUUCCUUCAUUUCCCUCUCGCUCCUGUUCUUUUCUGAGCUGUUAACGUUGGUUCACCUCCUCUCAUCGUCCAUCAGCCUCAGCCCUCGGUACAGUUACAGUAUCGCACACCUGCACCUUUCUACCUGCCAGGUACUGUCUCUUCUAAAUAAAUCCAUAAAUGUUUUAGAGAUUUGAAUGAGGUUAUCAUGCAUGUGGACAUUUGCAAGCUUCCAUGCUGUCAGUCAGUCAGUCAGUGUUCCCCGUGUCCCUCUGUAAACCUCUGACAAAGAAAAGAAGACAAAAAUAUAUACGAAAAAAAACAUUCCAGCUGUUUGGAAGAUUGAACUCAGCCAAGGGAAGCAAGAGGGGGCAAGAAAAAACCAACAGCGACGGAGCCAGACGUUGACUUGACACCUAUGCACAUCCCUUGCAUUUCGGGUGACGUUUCUAAACCACAGAUUUAUUAACAAAAAGAAAGGAAAAAAAAACGAGAUCGACCAUGUAGUGAGAUGUGUUUGUAAAAAAGAAAAAAUCUCGAUUUUUCUCUUUUUGAUUUGUCAUACGCAAAUUAAAAAGGAAGAAUUCAUCUUAUUCCUCAUUUGCCAUUUCAGAAAUGUGAUGUCCAAGAGUAUUAAUGUUUCAAUCAAGUUUAAAAAUCUAUGAGAUGAAAUGAUUUUUAUUCUGAAACUCCGUAAUCGUCUGCAAAGAAGUGAACACUCCACAUUCUGCAAAGGUGACGACUUUGCAAGGGAAGAGGAGGCAGUGUGUGCGUCUGAAUAACCGUGUAUAUGAAUAUGACAGACUGACAUACAACUGCCCCUUGUGUAAAUGACUCUACAAUGAUCAAAGCUCUUCAGUAUGAACAGUUUUUUAAAUAUAUUUCCUUUUAUGUGUUGGAAAAACGAACCUUGGAGUGGCUCUUCUUUAGUUUUGUUUUUGUUGUUUUUGUUUUCCACUGCACAUAAACAACAUGAACAGAAUCCCUCUGAAAGUCCAGACUGAACAGGGGUGGAGUCUGACUCAGAUCAAUACAACAGGUUUAAAAAGACGUUUGAGUCCUGAGUUCAGUUCUACAUCAAUGAGUCGAUGGAGAGAAAAAUCAUCAUUAAAG